UUCAUGGAAAAUCAAACCCUAAUAACCGAGUUUAUCCUCCUGGGACUUUCCAGUGAUCCACGACUGCAGAUUUUUCUUUUCUUGAUCUUUCUAAUUAUGUAUUCAGUGACAUUAUUGGGAAAUCUGGCAAUCAUGCUGGUGAUCAGGAACGAGGCUGGCCUUCACACCCCCAUGUUCUUUUUUCUCAGUCAUUUGGCUUUUGUCGACAUCUGCUACUCAUCAGUCACUGUCCCUAAGAUGUUGGGAAAUCUUGUAACGAUGCAGAAAACUAUUUCCUGGGAAGGGUGCAUUGCACAGAUCUUCUUCUUUUUCCAGUCUGCUGGUGCCGAGGUUUUCAUUCUUGCGGCAAUGGCUUAUGACCGAUAUGUUGCCAUAUGUGACCCACUGCACUAUACUAUAGUCAUGAAAACAGAGAUAUGCAAACAACUGGUGGGUGGAGCCUGGACCAUGGGUUUCUUGUAUGCUUUGAUGAAUGCCCUGCCAUUGCUGAAUUUGCGUUUUUGUAGAAACAACACACUCAGCCACUAUAGCUGUGAAAUUCCUUCCCUCUUGCUCCUGUCUUGCAGUGAUACCCUAACCAACUAUGUUGUCCUUCUUGCCUCUAGUUUUGUCUUUGGUUUAACCUCCUUCAUCCCCACCCUCAUCUCUUAUAUUUACAUCAUCUCUACUGUCCUGAAGAUACGCACAGCAGAAGGUAGGAGGAAAGCCUUCUCCACCUGCAGCUCCCACCUCAUUGUUGUGGUUUUAUUCUAUGGGACUGGCUACUUUCGAUACCUGAGACCCAACACAUCAUCCUCAAUAGUUUUGGAUCAACUCGUUUCCAUCCAAUAUAGCAUCUCUACCCCCAUGCUAAAUCCCAUUAUCUAUAGUCUGAAAACCAAAGAAGUGAAGGAGGCCAUUAAAAAAAUGCUGAACAAAAUAUGUUGA